AAAUACCUAAGGGUUCAGCCAAGCCGUCUAUCCACCCAAAGAAUAAGGAUAUUUUUUUUUAGCUUCAGUUGAUGGGGAAUGAAAACAUAGUGACACAUUCAUUCAUACAUAGACAUUACUUUAUGGUCAUGUGGGUCUCUCUCUCUCUAACCCUGUAUCUUUAUGGUCAUGUGGGUCUCUCUCUGACCCUGUAUCUUUAUGGUCAUGUGGUUCUCUCUCUAACCCUGUAUCUUUAUGGUCAUGUGGGUCUCUCUCUAACCCUGUAUCUUUAUGGUCAUGUGGGUCUCUCUCUAACCCUGUAUCUUUAUGGUCAUGUGGGUCUCUCUCUCUAACCCUGUAUCUUUAUGGUCAUGUGGUUCUCUCUCUCUAACCCUGUAUCUUUAUGGUCAUGUGGGUCUCUCUCUAACCCUGUAUAUAUGUCUCUGUCCAUCUCUCUAUUCAGUUGCGCUCUGCAAUGUACAAUCGUUUCACAGGGAGACUGGUUUCUGCCUUAUUGACCUCUGACCCUUUCUCUCUCCGUCUGUCUCCAGUUCUGCUGUGUCUCCUGUGUGUCCUGUCUUCCCUGGUGGAUCUAACCACCGCCUGUCCUCCGACCUGCCUCUGCAACGCCACCGACGUAGACUGCAGCGGGCGUGGCCUGCUCUCCAUGCCCGCCCUCAUCCAUCUCCCCGUCACCGCCCGCACCCUCCUGCUGCCCAACAACCACCUCUCCUCCCUGGGCCCAGGGUCCUUCGCUAACCUCACCUCCCUGGAGCGACUGGAUCUCUCCAACAACUACCUGGAUGAUCUACCCCCAGCGCUCUUCAAGGACCUGGGGAAUCUGUCAGAUCUGACCCUCCACAACAACAGUCUCAGGGCCUUGGAUAAGGAUCUCUUCCAGGGGCUGGUGGGGCUGAGGAAGCUAGAUGUCUCCCUCAACGGGCUGUCUGAUAUCCCCCUGGGUCUGCUGGAUGAGCUGCCGGGGCUGAUGUGGCUCUCCGUGGCUGGGAACAGGUUCCAUGCCCUGGACAGAGCAGCCUUCGAGCCCCUGGCUAACCUCCAGUAUCUUCAGCUAGGGGCUAACCCCUGGGAGUGUGACUGCAACCUGAGGGACUUCAAGCACUGGAUGGAGUGGCUGCUGUACAGAGGUGGUAAGGUAGAUGGGGUGGAGUGUACCCUCCCUAAGGACCUGCGAGGGCGGGACAUCCGUGGCGUUCCAGUGGAGAUGUUCAACUACUGCCUCCAACUGGAUGACGAGAACAGAGGAGGAGGGGGGGCGAGGAGCGGAGGAAAAGAAGGCUUGUCCCCGCCCUGCGGCCGAACUACCGGCUCCGGAGGCACCGGCGGAGCCCCCACAUCCGAAGUCCCCGCUGCGGGCGACCUGGUGCCCGUCCCGGACUGUGUGCGGCGGCGCUACCAGCCGGUGAGCGUGCGCAGGGCCAUCGGGACGGUGGUGAUAGCCGGGGUGGUGUGUGGCAUCGUGUGUAUCAUGAUGGUGGGGGCAGCAGCCUACGGAUGUAUCUAUGCCUCGCUCAUGGCCAAGUAUCAACGAGAGCUGAAGAAGAGGCAGCCGCUGAUGGGAGACGGGGAGGGUGACGCAGACCCUGAGGACAAGCAGAUCUCCUCUGUGGCAUAGAGGGGU